UCUUUAAAUGACUUCAGAGACUAAGUCGCCAAGAACAACUUUGAGUCUCAAUACCAAUGCAUCACCGGCUUCUCCCAGGCAUGUAGUCUCCAGAUGACAUCCUGGUUUUCUUCUCUAUUAACAAGCGCGGACAGGCGUAAAACUAUCGUACUCUUUGGAGAGACGGGAGCAGGCAAAAGCUCACUCGUCAACCUCAUGGCGGGAAAGGAGAUAGCACACACAUCUCCUGACAUGCAACGCUGUACAUUGCAGUGGAAAGAAUACACUAUGGGCUUCGACGGUGGCUCGUAUAAGGUUUUCGAUACCAUCGGGCUCGAGGAACCGCAGCUGGGAAUCAAAGAAUACAUCGAGUCUGUCGAAAACGCUUAUCGGCUCGUCAGGGAAUUGGAUGAAAACGGCGGCAUUGAUCUACUUCUAUUCUGCGUUCGCGCCGGCAGAGUCACUGCCACACUUCAAAGCAAUUAUCGGCUCUUUCACGAAUUUCUCUGCGAGAAGAAGGUUCCCAUUGUUCUCGUCAUCACAAACCUCGAGAGAGAGACUAGGAUGGAGGACUGGUGGGAUAGAAACAAGGAGACCUUCGACAAGUACAAGAUUCAGGUCGCCGGUCAUGCGUGCAUCACCGCUGCCAAUAAAUUGGACGGCAGACACAGAGAUCGUUAUGAAGAAUCGCGCAUCACGAUCCGCAAGCUUGUUAAGGAAUUUACUGCCGACGGGCAGAAGCAGGCAUGGACAGGAGGACACAGCCUGUUCGUUUCGUUUAUGCUCAAGCUGAAGGAGUUACUUGUAGGAGGUUCGCAUGUGAAAAGGAAGGAUAUUGUUCCUCAACUCACGAGGCGUUGUGGCAUAUCUGCAGAAGUCGCAAGAGAGUUGGCUGAGAUGAUCAAGCCAAAGUAAGCUUGACCUCCCAUUGAACUUAUGCCUCAUCCGAUUAUAGACUGUCAUUGUCGGUAACACGGCCUUAUGGAUCGGUACAUACAUGAUACUACAUAUUUGCAAACAGUUAUAGCUCGUAUUUCAGUCUCAAGCUGCAUUAUAUAAAUGCGCAGAUCGAGGUCUCCACGUUAGCCGACGGUAUCUCGAGCUUCCCCGACUCCACGUCAGCGGAAAGGGUUCUCUUGGACUGUCAGAAACGUUCAAACACCUGCAAACGCACCCGUGGGAAUGGGAAAAAAUUGUUGCGCUUAGUCAGUGGGGAAAGCUUUUGUUCGUUGAUUGCCUCAAGAGGUGUGCAAAAGGGAAAUGCCGAACAUACAGCCCACCAUUAGAUAAGC